UGGGAAGUUGUGGUUUGUACAAGGUGACUGUCUUGGACAGGUGACCGUUAGAGCAGGUUGGACUGCAGUCCCGAGAGGGCAGUAAUGAGGCGAGGGAGAAGCUCGCCCCAGGGCAGGGACGAAAGAAAAGGACGGAACCCAGUGACGUCACGGAAAAACAGGGGCCAAUCGGGGUCAUUCGUGGCUCCACAUAGACAGCCCACAGACAAUGGCCAGAAUGCAAGCAGUACUAGGAGGAACAGCGGUGCUGCUAAAAAUGCUGACGAUACAAAAGAGACUCAGUCUACUAGGGGAUCAUUGGACGGAGAGACAGAGCAACACCCUCAGGAGACCACAGAAGAAGUGAUGAAAGAGAACGAAGAGUUGGGUUCAGAGCAAGACAAUUCUUCCGAAAGUACCCAAGGAUUUGAUGAACAAAACUCAUUUGAAUAUGGCGAUGAUAACUUUGACCCGGCUUACUAUGCAGAUGGCGUAGCUCCUGAAGAGGGUGAACACGGGGAGGACCCCUGGUACGGGACGCAAGAUUAUUACGACCCAAACUAUCCGUCUACGUCAACAGCGGGAGAAGACAUGACCCAAGGAUACACGCAGGGAGAGGAAGCUCCACCUUACUCGGAUGAGACCCAUGAGCUAGAGCCAGGAGGAGAUGAGGAUGUGGGGAACGGUAACAACACGCUUUACCCUGAUGGUGGCAGUGAUGAGAGAUAUGAAGAAGAGAGUUUAUACCCUGCCCCUGCCCUGCCACAUUCUGCUCCGGCUCACGAUGAAAGAUUAGAAGGAGAAAGAGGAGGAGAUGAAGGAGAAGGAUGGGGAAAAGAAGAAUUGGGUGAGAACAGAGGCGAUUCUUUUGAGAGUCUAGAUGUGAAAGAAGAAGGGUCUGAGAGUGGCCUUGGCAAACUCGCCUCUAUGGAACAUGCAGACUCAUUGGUCCGACUGAGGACAUCUUCCUCCUAUCGAUUCUCUCACUCUCAUCGAGGCCUGAACUCUUCAACAAGCCUGAAACACCAAAGUCAGUGUAAGGACGUGGCUGUGCAGGUCCAGCUCUUGGGUGACACAGACCUGAAAGAGGGGAAAUCCAGCGAAGAGUCGUUGCUGCCAGCCAUGUACGGCCGCGUGGAAAAAGUUCAGGAGUUGUUGAGUGUGGUAGAAGGCUGUGAGAUGGUGGUCGAGCCCAGUUGGGACCGGCCUUCUGUAGAAGCCAAUGUGUACCUGGUGGACAACUACGGGAUGCCACAGAAGCAACCCAUAGGCCCCAAAAUCAGGGCUGUCGAUGAAAAAACCCUGGGGUCUUUAGUAAACCAGUUCUCUCAAAUGCCACUGGAGCGUAUUCAUCAUUAUGCCUUGAAUGGAGAAUUUGCCCAUUCUUUGUUCCGAGACAGGAAACUUGUGGACAUUUUGAUACAUAUUGAUCACCGGAUCCUAGAAAAAGAUCUACCUGAGUGGAAACAACUGGCCAAGCAGCUGGAGUCGGACACCCUGCAGUCCAAGAUAAUGGUGUUUAUGUCCACGCUGGCGCCCAUGCCGCUAAAACAGGCUGUGGGCAUCCUUUUAAGAAACUAUGAUGGCAUUGAAAAGCCGUUGGCCAUUGAGGUGGUAAAGGACAAGUUUCAGGACAUUCUAGACGCCUCCGAUGUGCUGUACCAGUUCAGCCUAGACGACAUGCUCGAGGUAGUGAGCUCUCCCAACGUGAAAGUCAACUCGGAGAUCGACUUGUUCUGGGCUGUUCUAUUCUGGGUGGCAUACGACCUACGAACUCGGGCUAGGCACCUGGAGCAGCUGAUGUCCUUCGUUCGCUUCACCUGCAUGUCCUCACUAGAACUGAUGGACUGUGCACGAGUCUCCAACUUGAUCAAGUUAUCUAGAAAGUGCAAGGGAAUGCUCGUGGCAGCUAACUGGGUUUGCCACGCUCGGGAGACGGGGCUAGAAGACCCGCUCGGCCUCCCGGAAGAAUCAAAGCGUACCUGUCUACAGUUCAAAUCGGCGUACCAGCCUACUGUCGCAGAGUUUGAUCUGAGGUACUUGCGUUAUCAGAAGCUGAUAGACGCCUGCAGGAAAGCUGAUGGCUCAUCAUUGCAGUCGAUGCUUUGGUCCAAAAGAAAUUCUCUGACGGAAAUUAGAAGUGUGCUUUUCGCCGAUGAAUUGGGAGAACCGUUGACCGAAUUUUCUGAAUUCUUCAACGAUGAGGAGAAACACAGCCCCUUGGAACCUUUGACGACGACGAAAGCUCUUCCACCGAUCCUCAAACGGAGAACGGGGAGCUCCGACACAGAUUAUUAUUUCUUUUUCGACAAGGGUCCUGCAUCCCAAGUCCCCAAAACAGCUCCAAGCACCAUUGCCGACAGCCACCCUGGCGGCAGUCCGGUAGUCAGUGGUCAGGGUCAAGGUCAGGGCCAGGGUCAGGUUAAUAACGAUGAGGUAAUUGGACAAUCCUCUUUUCCGGGUGAGGAUACAGAGCAGAAUGUUGACAAUUUCCCAAGGGACACGCCUUUGCCUGAGACCGCUCAGUCAGUCGACAGUUUCACUACGGGCACGCCAUGGCUUGACACGGAAGAAGAAAACACCGGAGGGGAGGCCGAAGGGUCAGAGGAAGGUGUGGGCAGCCUAAUGAGCACCACAGACGAAGGGGGAAAUUUCCAUCCCCAUGUCGAAGAUUCGGCAUCGAGCCCUGGAUAUACACAGGAAGAGGAAGAAUUUUGGCAGGAUGAGGGUUCAGAAUUAAAAGAGAAUAAAGAGGAUAAUAAGCUAGUUCCCCCAACCGUUGAGGAUGGUCUUGAAGUAACUUCCAGUGAGAGUACAGAUUUUUCGUACCCACACGCAUACCAAAGUGAAAUGUACAGUCCAGACUCAGACGAAAAUCAAAACAGGAGAAGCUUCAGUUCUUAUCACCGUUUGACUCCUUUCUCACGGGCAGGCCCCAAAAGUGCUACUCGAAGAGAAGUUUGUAAGAACACUUAUGACUCUAUCACCAAAGAUAACCAUUUCAAGGGUGUAGGCCCAACGAAUCGUUCACAAGAUUUGAAUGCAAUGCGAGAAUCUGAUAAAGGUCCUGAAAACAAUUCGAACUCCAACGUCGAAAUUCAGGGGAGGCCAGGGGCUAAAAAGCGCAUGCACAACAACCGUGGUGAGCAUCGUAAUCCGGUGUGUGAUAGUUGUGUCUGUAGCACUGAAGACUUCCAUCGGCACGAAAGAGGGAAGUCCUGUUCGCAAAAGAGUGAAAGAAGGAAGUCUAAAAGAAAUAAAGAUACGCCUGCUGGCGCUUGGGAAUUGGAAGCCUAUUUGCAGACAUGUCCCAAACAGACUGACACCAAAAAAGAAAUCGAUGCUCUGCAAUUGUGGCAAAGCAGUCUCCUGGAAUCAAAAGAGUCUGUAUUAUUGGGUGGAAACAUUCUGCUGCCGAUACGGAAGCAAAAGAUGUGUUUAUCCCACGAAAAAACAAAACAUGAAGACAUACAUGAAGUGACACCUUAAUUUGCACCGAGCAAUAUCGUGGCUAUAAACGCAAGCGAUCACACGUCAGACCAGUGACAGGAUCUUCUCACCUGCUUAAGAAUGAGAAAACGCCUUCAUAGUACAAGUACUUUAUGAACUCAAACUCACUGUUAGAGAACAACUUCAUUAGCAUAACGAUAAACCCACCCCUGCAAUUAUAUAAUAAUAUAAUGUGUAUCCGUUCUGUCUUCUUUUGUUUUCUUUGUUUUUUUGUUUUC